ACACAUACCGCGUCACAGCAGCAGAUUGCAGGCAGAGCAGAGAGGAUAUAGACAACCAGAGCACUCAGUCAUUAGACACUGAAGCAGGAAUACAGCAUUGGGGAAAUACACUGAGUGUGUGCAUGAGAGCAGAGGCAACAGCACGGUGUGAAGCAGCUCUGGAUCACAGUGUGCCAUUGAUGACAAGAGUUGGGAAGAAUGAGUCUUGACCCUGUUCAGGUCAUGAAGGGCCAAGACCCCAUCCCCAACACUUGCCCGUCGGCCUCAAAUGGGGAUACCAAAGCAUCCUGGGAGGACAGCAGCAAGGAUAUGCUUGAAAAUGUAGGUUCGAAGAAGCCCAAAUCAGGACCUGUGAGACGGGCCAGGAAGGUGGAGGGAGGCAUAUUCUUUCCCAAACCAGAGAAUGCAGUGACCAUAGCCGUGUCUUCCCGAGUUAUGUUCCGAACAGAGAAAGAGCAGAAGGUGUUUGAGCAGAAAGGCAUCGAGGAGUACCUCAGGUAUCAGGUGGAGCACGAGAAUGAGCCCUUUGCUCCUGGCCCAGCAUUCCCAUUCGUCAAGGCUCUAGAGGCAGUAAACACCCGGCUGAGGGAGCUCUAUCCAGAAAGCGAGGAGCUUUUUGACAUUGUUUUGGUAACUUACAACCAUGCCCAUGUUGGCGUCAGACUAAUCAACACCAUCAAUUACCACAAUCUAUUCAUCGAGCGGUUCUGCAUGACGGGAGGCAGCAGCCCCAUUGGGUACCUGAAAGCGUGGCAUACAAACUUGUAUUUGUCUGCCGAUGCCGAAAAGGUUCAGGAGGCCCUAGCUGAAGGAAUUGCAGCAGCCACUAUGUUUAUGCCAGAAAAACAGAUCGAGGUGUCCGAGACGCAGCUGAGAGUGGCAUUUGAUGGCGAUGCCGUUCUCUUUUCUGAUGAGUCUGAGCGCAUUUUUAAAGCCCACGGCCUGGACAAGUUUUUCGAGCACGAGAGGGAAAAUGAAAACAGAUUGUUAGAUCAUGGGCCACUGAAGGGUUUUCUGGAAGUGCUCGGGAAGCUUCAGAAGAAAUUCUAUGCUAAAGGCCAUCGUUUGGACUGUCCCAUCCGCACCUACCUUGUGACGGCCCGAAGCGCAGCCAGUUCAGGCAUCCGCGCCUUAAAGACUCUCCGUGCCUGGGGACUCGAAACAGACGAGGCUCUUUUCCUAGCCGGGGCUCCAAAAGGCCCCAUGCUGGAGAAAAUCCGGCCCCACAUAUACUUUGAUGACCAGAUGUUCCAUGUGGAGGGAGCCGUGGAAAUGGGUGCCAUCGCUGCCCACGUGCCCUAUGGGAUUGCACAGAAAUACCCACAUAAAAAAAGCAGCAAUACAGCAAAAUAGCAAAUAAAGACAUUCAAAUCAGACUUUUUAAUUUAUUUUUAUUUCGUAAACUCGGUUUGGAUCAGGAUCGCAGUGUAUUCUCUUCGCCUUUUUUUCAUAUUACCUAAACAAGGCCACAUCUAAGAUGUAACUGAAAGAUUACUAUAGUAAUUUAUAGUAGCAUUUUUGAACCAUACUAUAGUAACGUUAUUUAAACUGUAUAUAUUAAUGUAUUUACAACACUUUGUGAAUGCUACAGCAUGAUGUAGUAUUAACUAUGGUGAACUGAUGGAACUGUAUUAAAUACUGUAGUAUAUAUUUGUUUUUACUACCGUAUACUGUAGUGUAUUGUAUUAUAAUGUAUUCUAUAGUUGUACAAACCUACAGUAUUAAGUGAUUUGUUUAUAUUAUUAUAUGUUUUGUUAUUAUAGCAACUAUAGAAUUACCACAACAUAUUAUUUUAAAUACUGUACUAUAGUAUGGUUCAAAAACUAUAGAAUUUACUAUUAAUUACGAUCCCACUAUAUAUUAGGUGGCCUACUAUGUACUUGGAUCAAAAAAAAUAAAUAAAUACAAUGUACUUACUGUGUUCAUAAUGUAUUUCAGAACAGUUGAGGUGGGAUAUGUGUAGGGUUGGAGACACGUUUGGUCGUAUGGGUAGGUUUAAGUGUGUAAGGAAUGGUCAAUAGUGUAAUUAAUGAUGUAAUUGCAUAAAAUGAAUUACAGAUGUAAUUACAUGCAUGUAUUUAAUUGAUCAUAAGUACAAUGUAAAAGCAAGUAUUUAUACAUAGAAGCACAUUGUAAUAAAUGAUUAAUUCAAGUGAAUAUUAGUGAAGGCCACCUAAUAUAAAGUGAGACCUUAAUUACUAUAGUAUUUUUUUUAUUUGGGUCAACCCAAUGUGACUCUUGAAAUAUGCAUUAUGAAUGACCAACGUGCCUCUGGUGAAGCACUGCGAUGAAUGGUCAUUUUCAUAUUGGCAUACAAUUUUCGGUAAUAUUUCUUGGAAAUACAACCUCAAAUCAGAAAAAGUUAUGACAUUAUGGAAAACACAAAUAAAAAAGAAACUAGUGAUUUCUAAAUUUACUUUGACUUGUAUUUCAUUGAAGACAAUAUGAACACAAAAUAUUUCAUGCUUUGUCUGGUCAACUUCAUUUAACUUGUAAAUAUGCAUCCUACAACCCGCAACACAUUCUAAAAAAGUUGACCGGUGUAAUUUAGGGCUAGUAAUCUGGUUAAAUAAUGAUGUGAUUUGAAACAGGUGAUGUCAACAGGUGAUUGUAAUUAUGAUUUGGUACAAAAGCAGCAUCCAAUAAAUGUCUAGUCCUUUUAGGAGCAAAGAUGGGCCGAGGAUCACCAGAUUUCCAACAAAUACAUGAUAAAAUUAUUGAAAUGUUUAAAAGCAAUAUUCCUCAAAGAAAGAUAGGAAGACAUUUGGAUAUUUCACCUUCAACAGUGCAUAACAUCAUUAAACGCUCAAGGAAUCUGGAGGAAUUUCAGUGCGUAAAGGACAAGGACGCAAACCUAAGCUGAACAACCAUGAUCUUCGAUCCCUUAGGCGACUCUGCAUCAAGAAUCCUCAUUCAUCAAUAAGCGAUAUCACCACAUGGGCUCAAGUCUACGUUGGCAAACCUUUGCCGAAUAACACAAUACGUAGUUACAUCCACAAAUGCCAGUGAAAAUCAUAAUGAACCAAAAGGAAACCCUAUGUUAACAGUGUCCAGAAGCAUCGUCAACUUCUCUGGGCUUGGAGACAUCUGGGAUGGACCAUCAGACAGAGGAAACAUGUACUGUGGUCAGAUGAAUCAAUAUUUCAGUUUUUUGGGGGGGAGAAAUGGAUGCUGUGUGCAACGGACCAAACAAGAAAACGAUCAUUCAGACUGUUACCACCAACAAGUUCAAAAGCCAGGGUCUGUCAUGGUAUAGGGUUGUCAGUGCCCUUGGCAAAUGUAACUUGGAAUUCUGUGAUGGCACAAUUUAUGCUGAAAAAUACAGAGAUUUUGGAGCACAAUAUGCUCCCUUCUUUUCCAGGGACACCCAUGCAUAUUUCAACAAGACAAUGCCAAACCACAUUCUGCACACAUUACAAGUCGGUGGAUGUGGAAGAAUAGGAUAUAGGUACUUGACUGGCCUGCCUGCAGUCCCGUCCUGUCUCCAAUAGAGAAUGUGUGGCGCAGUUUGAAGCAUAAAAUGCAACAAUGAAGACCUUGUACUGCUGCCCACCUUAAAACAUGUUUGCAGGAAGAAUGGGACGAAAUUACACCUGAAACACUUCAUCGAUUGGUGUCUUCAGUCCCUAAACAUUUUUUAAGUGCUGUGAAAUAGAAUGGCAACAUUACAAAAAGGAAAAUGCUUUACCGGUUUAACUGUUUUUGAAAUGUGUUGCAAGAACCAAAAUUGGAAUAUGUGUUUAUUUAAAAGAAAAUCACGAGGAACACAUUAAAUAAUGUUUGUUGUAUUGUCUGCAAUGAAAUACAAGUCAAAUACAAGUACAUUUAGAACUCUCUUCUUUCUUUUUUUAUUUGCGUUUUCCAUACUGUCCCAACUUUUUCUGAUUUGGGGUUGUUUUACUGUUUAAACUGAAUGCGCACAGCUAUUCAGCUAUAGACUGUGUUUCAUUUACUGAUGGUGUGUGUGAGCAAAACUACAGAGUUAUUUCAUGUAAUGUAUGUGGUUGUGUAUGAUGGAUAGAGCCUGUAAUGUAAAGUGCGAUACUUAAAGGAAGCCAUAAUAUUUUUACGUUUCAGAAGAUAAAAUGUAUUGAGAAUCUAUAGAUAUAUUUAGAAAGUAUAUUUUCAUUUUUAAAGUGUUACUUGUACGUUUAUGUUUUUCUCAUCUGCAUUCAAUAUAGAAUGUCUUUCAAAA